CUGUUAUAGGAAGUGACGUUUAGUAAACAAACAUGGAAGCCGACACGUCUGAAGUAUCGGAGGUUAUAAAACAGUUUCAGAGCGAUGAUGUGUACAAGCAGUUUCUUUCGGAAGAUUUCGAUGCAAAGGCAGUUGCCUGCAGUGCUAUACAAGAUCUGGCCAUCCCUGAGCGGCUUUCCAAGCUUUCUGCUGGCAUUACACUGCUUGAUAAAGAACUACAUAACCAGGUGGCUGCUCAUUAUGAGGACCUUCUGGCUCAAGCAACAGGCAUUGAAACGCUUCAGGAUGUCCUUCAAUCCAUGUUCGUGUCCAUACAGAACCUCCAAAUUACAGCAGAAAGGCUCCAGAGUAAGGUGAUAGAACCGUACAACAAAACAUCAAACCAAACUGCAAUGCUGGCUAGGUUACAACAAACGUGCGAUUUGAUUCGGAGAAUGGGACGCAUAUUUCACCUCACAAAGCGUCUCAAAGGUCAGCUGCAAGGAGGGGCAAAGGAGAUCACGAAGGCGGCCCAGAGCCUCAGUGAAGCCGAUUACUUCUUGGAGGGUAUUGACAUGGAUGGCAUUGAGAUUGUUCAAGAAGACUUGGCAUUUCUUCGUGAAGCAAAAAAAGACGUGAAGCUGCAGGCAGAGAAUAUGUUAGAACGAGGAAUAGAAACACAGAAUCAGUCACUUGUGGGGGCUGCCCUGCAAGUGUUCUUCAACCUGCAACUCCUGGAGCCUCAGGUUCUGCAAGUUGUCCAGAAAGCCAUAGAGAGGCUUCAAGAAAAUACCAGUAGUGCCCUGGAUGUAGCCAACCUGACACAGCAAGUUUUCAUUCCUGGAUCGAAAGGCCCAGGCAAAGCAAGUAUCCCCAUCGCAGGAAAUAGCGCUCAGUUCAGAGCAGCACUUUGGACAAACACUGAGCGUGUGACAGACAACAUCUACCGCGCUUUCAGCAAAAUUCGCCACCUGGAAAAAGUACUCGCGAAGAAAAAGGACCCUGUCACACAUACACACUUCAUGCAAGAAUUAGAAAAGAAUGGUCACGAAAACAUUUUGAAGUACUUUUGGGAGUCAGUUACCGACAUGCUUUCCAGAGAGCUCACUAAGGCUUCCAAUGACUCCACAUUUCUGAAACAGGCCUUUGAAAGCGAGUAUCCCAAACUACUAAGCCUUUUCAAUGACCUAUGGAAACGCCUGACAAACCUUGAGUGUUCACAAGCAACACGUGGGGAAGCAUCAUCUUUAUCUGCGGACUCGUCAGCUGAAUACGAACAGCCUUGGUGCUUGACAAGUGACAACGAUUUCGACCCAGAAGAUAUGUUGUGGACCACGCUGAAACCCUUCGAAAAUGCCUACCUUACCCGGUCAUUGUCCCGCCUUCUGGAUACUGUCAACGUUGCAACUUCGACUAGCACUCGUGAUACUCCAACCCGGGAAGAUAUUGAUGGUAUCCUCAGAGUUAUUGCCAGUGAACUGAAGGUUGCCAGCGUGGAUGGAAAGCUCUGUCGCACGGUGGCGAAGAAUGUGGUCCAGACAAUACAUCAUCUGUGUGCAAGAUGUGAACAUCUAGUUGCCAUGGACGGUGCUGAUGCUACUCAAGUCAUUGGACCCCCUACAGGAGCACAACAGUGCAAUGGUGCAGUCGUCCACUUGCUACAUCAUUUCAGUGUAGAGAUGAACAACUAUCUCGGAGGUAGUAACCUAUCUCCUGAUGCUGUAGCUGCUAUCAGGGGUUCUUUGCAGUAUGUAGACGGUGUGGUGACAAAUGCAAUCCAGCCCCUUUUGGAUUCUAUUGCUGACUCCAUAGAAGCAAUUAUUCUCACCAUGCACAAUGAGAACUUUUCCCAACCAGCGACUGAAAAGACGGCCACACCCGAUGCCCCAUGCUCUCUUUACAUGAGGGAACUCCAGCAGUUUCUCUCAAGAUGUCGGAAUGAUUAUUUUGCAUUGUUUCCUUCCUGCGAGAUAGUGAUUAAAAGAAUUCAGUACCUGGCUUCACGCUCCAUCGAGCUGUUUGUCCGCCACGCCAGCCUCGUGCGGCCUUUGGGAGACGGUGGGAAGAUGCGUCUGGCCGCAGAUUUUGCGCAAAUGGAGAUGGCACUGGCUCCCCUGUGCCAGCACGUUGGUGAUCUGGGCCGACCAUACAAGUUACUCCGAUCAUUUCGUCCACUCCUCUUUCAAACACCGCAGCACUUGGCACAGUCCUCGCUGCUGGGAGACGCCGUGCCAUAUUCCCUGGUACUUCACUUUCUGUUUGCAAAAGCACCAGCUGAGCUUAGGUCCCCGUAUGAGACUGCAUCGUGGUCCCGAACACGUUAUUCAAAAUGGCUGGACCAGCAUCCUUCUGAAAAGGAACGGUUGAUUCUCAUCAGGGGUGCCUUGGAGUCCUAUGUACAGACUGUAAAACAGAGGAACGGAAAAGAAUUUGCUCCCAUCUAUCCCAUCAUGAAUGAACUCUUACAGAAUGCCAUGAAGCAUGAAAAAUGUUGAUUGAUUUCCUAGCCUCGCAACCUUCAGAUCAAAGGCGUCGGCUGUAAAUCUGCUCAGUACUCGUCAUAAACGAUUUUCAGUUGCAGCUGCAUAGAGGUAAUGUGUGAGGAGUCUUAUUGCACUUUCAGGGCCUAGUGUGAAACAGAAGGGAAAGAAUAUUGAUUGCAAUUACCUCCACCUCAGAGGAUGUUUGCUACCCUGGUCCUGUGAUGUAUAUAUGAGAAAACAUGUAAAGAAUGUGAAGAGAAUGAGUGUGUCUUUCAUUUGUUGAGUCGGUGGUGGGCCGUGUCAAUGUCGUGUAGUGGUUAGUGCAGUCCACUGACAAUCAAGAGGUGCAGGUUCAUUUCCUGCCACUGUCUUGCUUUCUCGACGCGACGACUCCGAUAUUUUGAUUUUGCUUUACAGCUCUUUUUCCAGAGCCCAUUUGCACAAAAAUCGUGCGAGGACCCUACCAUAAGGGAAACCCUUGGCCAUAGAUUUGACAGUGUAUUUGCCGGGACAAAGUCUUGGGCUGUAGCAAGCGCGUGAAGCAGUCGCAAAACUGUGCUGAAGCAAGUACAAAGGGAAGUGCGUCAGGACGAAAGCUGCCGAUAUUUCGAACAGAGACUUCUUCUUCUGGGCAGAACAGCCUCUGUUCGAAAUAUCGUCAGCUUUUGUCCUGAUGCACUUCCCCUAACAUUUGCUUACCGGUUUGCUGGAUUUUCUACCCGUCUAUGCACUGAAGGAAGUUCCCUACGUUAGGAUCCUAGCAUAAUUUUUGCACAAACAGGUCCAGUCGUCUCCAGAUAUCGAAACUGGAUUUUUACAUCCUGGUAUCUGUUACAUGAAAUUGUUAUUGGGUGUCACUAACCAAAGAAUGAAUAAAGUUACGUUAAAAUGCCA